ACGAGGGUAUCAGGAGUCCAUGACCUGGAGUAUGCCUCGUACUAGUUAGGCAUAGCCUCGUACGCAAACGCUCAUUAGGCUCGUCACGCAAUCUUCCUUCCCCACGUAGGGAAACAAGAUUGUUUGGCGAACCCAAAGAGCGUCUGCUACUAGUAACUAGGUUUGGAGGUCUCUUAAACAGCCCCUCAGGUCCCGAAAUGAAAUCCCUCAAGCCAAUCUUAACUUGGAAGUUCUUUUACAGAAAAACAAAAAAAUUCCCCUAAGCCACAUGAAACUGAAAUUCAAUUAAGACAUGGGAUUUUUGUUUUUGUUAUCAAAACGAAAGUGAUAAAUUUUUAAUGACCUGCCUUCUUCUAUGUGUGUCUUCCGGUAUAGCUUAAAACAUUCUUGAAGGGCAAUGGAGGCUUCUGCCUUUGUUAAAGGGCCGGCGGGCCAAUAUUUUUCUGACUUGACGCAAGCUUGCGAAGCUUACUUCAGCGGAAUUCAUCCCGACUAUGUAGAUUCAUCAGACCACGAUACAGUUAUGUGCCCUUCGGCUUUUCCGUUUGGUUAUAUCGCGCCAACUGGUCAAGCUUCUGGUGCGACUCCGCUUAAUAACAUCGAAAAAGCGAGCAUUCAUGGAGAUAACGCCGAACUGAAAAUCUUUCACAUGCUGGAAAAGUUCGGGAAAGAAACUAAUCAGCCGAUGUUUGUUCUAGCGCAGGUAAAAAUCACCGAAUUCAUCAAAAAUGUUCUUCGACAAAAGCUGCCUGCCAAUCACUCCAUUUUGACAGACAAGUUGUUGAAUCUCGACGGAGAAAUCGACUUUCUGAUCAUUCACCGGCAGAUUGGUAUUAUACUUAUCGAGGUCAAAGCACCAAAGAAGUUCAGUAAGUCAACUCAAAGCAAAGCGAGAAAACAACUUCAAAUUGGAGAAGAAAUAAUUCAUGCUCUUUCACACGAGAUUGGUUACAAGGAAUCUACCAUUCCUGUUUAUAAAGUAAUUGCAAUGCCAAACGUCAGUGAGCCAGGCCGCGAGAAUCAAAAUUUUAUCAGUCUUCGAGAAGAAAACGUGCAAUCGGAUGGAAAUUUUGUCAGCUGGUGGGAAGACAAAUUUGCUAAACGGACGUUUGACAGCCACGAAAAGCGACAGUUGCAGAAUUUGAUUUACAUUUUUGUUGGCCAGCGUUGCGAAGUCAGCUCCAAAGUGCUCUCAGAUGUUUGCAAGAAGAUUGAUCAGCAGAAAUUCCUUCAGAAGAGCUACGAAAGGGGUACCAAGCAAGGUGGGGAUGGGUCGCAAGUGGUUGUGAAGACAGCUGAUCGACCGGAGCAGGCUAUCUUGGCAAAACAAUUUUUGUUCUUGAAUCCUGAUCAGCUACGAAUAUGGAAUGGCCCACGCCAACAAUUCUUUAACGGUUCGUCCGGAAGCGGAAAAACAAUUUUGCUCCAGUUCAAAGCUUUGGAAUGUGCCAAGCAGGGACAGAAGGUUGUUAUUGUGGUUCCCUCUUCACUAGCCGCACUUUACACGGAAUUUUUUGCAAAAAACAGCAUUUCAAGUGGAGUCGAAGUCGUGUCUCCGGCCGGCAUUUCCGAGUUCUUUCAAAGAUGCGAUCCUGCCGUGAAGUUUCACUUCUUUGCUGAUGAGCUGCAGGCCUUUGAAGCCAAAAUUCCUGACGUGUUGAUUCAGUUGGGGAACCUUCUGAGCCGAAUGGCAGAUCUUGAUUAUUAUUGCUGGGUUGCAUAUGAUUACAUGCAAAGGAACGAAGAUGAAUCAUCUCGUGAUGAAACAGGGGGACUAGCUGAUGCAUUGAAAAUUCAAACUCAAGCUCGUGAACUCUGCAAAACCCACAACAUUUAUCAUGCGCCCUGCCUUAAAACAAUAGUGAGAUCCACUUUUGAAGUUUACACCUUUGUACAAGAGUUUGUUAAAGUGUCUCUUCUUGAUUUACUGCAGAGAUUAAAGCUUCCUCGGUUUGAUCACAUUGGAAAAGAAACAAAAGAAAUUUUUACCCAAUUCGUGGAGAAUUAUGAUGUUUCAAACCACCUCGGUCACCACAUUUGUGGACCUUCCGUUACAGUGGUACCUGUGAAGAAUUCGGAUUUUGAUUUUAUCACUCAAGUCGUCCAAGAUGAGAUCAACAAGUGGGCAGGAAGUGAUUCCCUUCACCGCGUUGCUGUCCUUGUCACGAAGUCUUUCCCCAAGGAGCGGUUGGGUUAUCUUAUGGCUCAGAAAGGGAUAGCAGUUUGUGAUAUAGCCGACAACCAGAAGAAUGCAGUAGUCCUUGACUUUGGACACAGAGCUCAUUCAUAUGAGUGGCCAGUCGUAGUUGCUAUUUCGUGGUUUAACAAUGAUCUCUCGAGUAAUUACAUCAUGUUUACUCGAGCUGUAUCUAGACUGGUUUUAAUGACGAGUGGUGAUGUUCCUUUGUAAUAGCUUAUGGAGUGAGUGACGUGCCUGCGAUAUCAUGGCAGGACAGCCUCUGCCACCCUAGCUUAGCCGGCCAGUUCAGAAAGUGAUAACCUUAUAGCCCUAAGACGGUGUUGGUGUCUUUUUCAAGCCAGAGAUUUUUCGAGGGUUUUUCUUUCGCCUGUUGACUUCCCGGCUUUGGAUCCCGGGGGAACUCCCAUAUAAAACGGACAGGGGUGCUCGUCCUAACUUUUAGGGGUUAAAAAACCGGUUUUGUAUCACUUAGGGUGUUCAGUCUCAAAAGAUCCACACCGGAAGCUUUCUCUGUUACUUCCUUUUAGGGUAUUGAACCGAAAAAAAUAUGACAGGAGAAAAAAGCGUUGUUUUAGAAUUGGUACCUCUU